AUGUGCGAGUACAAGCAGAGAGAGUACCUCGCCUGCGGCCACCUGCGCUGGCUCGCGACCAAGUAUUGCGAAAAGUUCAAGCACUAUGGCAAAAUUGCCAGGUGUGAGCCCAAGAUUAUGGAGUUUGAGGAGUCUCCCAAAAUCUGUGGCAACUGCCUCACCAAGGACAACCCGCCGCACCUGAACCUCAUGUUGGAUCCUAACUCGCCCAUGGGGCGCUAUUUCUCCCGCCCUUGA